AUGUCAGAAGUAGAUGAUCAUAAGUACAGAUAUUAUGAAUUUAACGCUGUCAAUGCCAUCCACAUCUCUGCCAUUAACCAAGUCCGGCCGCCUGCGACUUGGGCUGAGGCAUACAGAAUUCUAUUAUCAGAAGAAUUUUUCAUUGAAGUAAAGAGGAACCGAUAG